AUGGCCAGGAUUCCUGGAGUUGGAAGAUCUUCAGCAUCACCAUCUUUGGAGAACAAGGAAGAAAAUGAAAGUGAUGUGGUCCUUACUAGUCCUAAGGACCCUGACAGAGGACACACAGAGCAGCUGGCACACUCUGACCUUGACCCCAGCAUGCAGGCCCCCCCCUGCAGCCUCCCUGCUGGGCUCAGCCUGGAUGACUUUAUCCCUGGCCACCUCCGAGCCCAUGUAGGGUCAUCCUCCCAUGGAACACGGGUGCCUGUGAUCCGGAAUGGUGGCUCCAACACCCUUAAUUUCCAGUUCCAUGACCCUGCACCCCGGACUGUGUGCAAUGGGUGCUUCCCGCAGAGGACAGAUGCUUCGCGUCACCCAGACACAGCCUGGUAUCAGACCUGGCCAGGCCCUGGGAGCCGGCCCUCAAGUGGCCUGAAGACCCCUGCCCCCCAGCAUACCCAGAACUGGUCAGCCACGUGGACCAAGGACAGCAAGCAUCAGGACAAGCGCUGGGUCAAGUAUGAGGGAAUUGGGCCUGUGGAUGAGAGCGGCAUGCCCAUUGCCCCCCGGUCGAGUGUUGACAGCCCCAGGGACUGGUACCGGAGGAUGUUCCAGCAGAUUCAUUGCAAAAUGCCAGACCUGCAGCUGGACUGGACGUUUGAGGAACCACCCAAAGUGGUGGUCUCGUGUGUCUCUGCAGCCUCAACUCAUCCCGGGCUCCAGCGAAGACCUGCCUCCCGGCCAGGGCCCGGCACAACUCAGAUCGGAAGAAGCUGGGACCCUUCUGAAGAGUUUUCUGGAAGCACCUUCAGCUAUAAUCCUGGAGCAUCUUCCUCUCUGCUCCAGACCCCAAAUCAGGUACCCAGACACCGAGAGAGAAUAGAAAAUGUCUGGAAGGAAGACUCCUGGAACCAAUUCCUGCAAGAACUAGAGACUGGGCAGAGGCCAAAGAAACCGCUGGUGGAUGAGCCUGUGGAUAAGCCCUCUCAGCCCAUUGAGGUCCUGCUGGAGAGAGAGUUAGCCAAGUUGAGCGCAGAGCUGGAUAAGGACCUGCGGGCAAUUGAGACCCGGCUACCGUCCCCCAAGAGUUCCCAGGCGCCCCGACGGUCCCCGGAGCAGCGACCCCCGGCCCGCCCGGCCUCAGCCUGGAGCUCCAGCUCCCCGGAUGCACUUUACCCGGGUCCCUCCCGAUCCCUGAGCCCCCACAGAAUGGCGGAUGGAGGAAGCCCAUUCCUGGGUCGUAGGGACUUUGUCUACCCUUCCCCAACCCGAGACCCUAGUGCCUCUGAACCAGGGGGCAGCCCAGUCAGGAAAGAAGAGAAGAAGAUGAAGGCUGCUCGGCUCAAGUUUGACUUCCAGGCACAGUCCCCCAAGGAGCUAAGUCUGCAGAAGGGUGACAUUGUCUAUAUCCACAAAGAGGUAGACAAGAACUGGCUGGAGGGGGAGCACCAUGGCCGCCUAGGCAUCUUUCCUGCUAAUUAUGUGGAGGUGUUGCCAGCAGAUGAGAUCCCCAAGCCCAUCAAGCCACCAACCUAUCAGGUGCUGGAAUAUGGAGAAGCCCUGGCCCAAUACAACUUCAAAGGGGAUCUGGACGUGGAAUUGUCCUUCCGCAAGGGGGAACGAAUCUGCCUGAUCCGCAAGGUGAAUGAGAACUGGUACGAGGGACGCAUCUCAGGCACAGGGCGCCAGGGCAUCUUCCCCGCCAGCUAUAUCCACGUGUGCCGUGAGCCCCGGCUCCGGAUCUGUGAUGACAGCCCCCAGCUUCCUGGAUCCCCCCGCCUGACCACCACUGCCCAUCUGGCUCGUAACCCUAGAUCCCCCUCCACCCUGCACCGACCAGCUGACCCCACCAACUGGGGGGGCCAGACUUCUCCCCACCGCACCGGCUUCUCUUUCCCCACCCAGGAGCCAAAACCCCAGACUCAGAGCCUCAGCACCCCCAGGUCAGCUCUGCCCCAUCCCCGAGGCACUGGCCAUCCGCUGGAGGUGGGGGCCUCCUCCUCCAACACCACUCAGAUACACUGGACCCCGUACCAGGCAAUGUACCACUACCGGCCCCAGAAUGAGGACGAGCUGGAGCUGCAGAAGGGGGACUGGGUGGACGUCAUGCAGCAGUGUGACGAUGGCUGGUUUGUGGGUGUCUCCAGGAGGACUCAGAAAUUUGGGACAUUCCCUGGAAAUUAUGUAGCCCCAGUGUGAGUGGUAUCUGUGGCAAC